AUGUCGGCCAAUACAACAGCAACGAUGGAUUCCAUCAAAAAGAAAAUGCAAGCCAUGAAGCUUGAAAAAGAAAAUGCUAUUGAUCGUGCUGAUCAAGCAGAAAAUCGUCAAAAAGAUUUUGAAGAAAAACUUAAAACUUCGGAAGAAGAAAUAAAUGGUCUUCAAAAACGUAUUCAACAAUUAGAUACUGAACUUGAUACAGCACAAGAACAAUUGGCAGAAGCUAAUGGACAAAUAAAUGCCAUUGAAUUUUAUAAUCUUUUUAAAGAACGUCAAGCCAAACGUCAUCAUCAUCUUUCGCCUGUCUCUUCUUCACAUCAACAUAAGUCAAAUAAUCAAAAUAGAAAACAACAAAAUAAAUAUUAUCAAUAUUCACCCAAACAACAACAAACACGUUUUCAACAAUAUACUUCACUAGAUCCACAUUAUUCGUCGGGAAAACGUCGUGAUGAAGCAAUCAGUUAUAUAUUACGUAAUGAAAAAAUAAAACAAAUACGUCAAAAAAUAUCAGAAUAUGAAAUUUUAAGAGAAUAUCAACAAUUAGCACCAUCUGAAACAGAUUUAUUCUUCUCAGAGACUAAUAUCAAUAAUCAGCAUUCCAAUUUUUCAUCUACUUCUUCUUCUUGUCCAUCAUUAAAUAUAUACUCUCGUUUGCCACCAGAUGGAGCAGAAGAUUACAUUCAAUGUACAAAUGAGUCAAAUUUUUCUCCUUGUAAAUAUAAUAAAAAUGAAAAUAAUAAUAAUAAUACUAGAGAAAAACAAAAAACAACACCAAGGCGUCGAGUAAAACCGGGUUAUGAAAUAUAUCAGCCAAAUAAUACGAAUUAUUCAUCACAAAUUACAUUUAAUUUAAAAAUUUCUAUUAUACAAGCAGAAGUCAUAGACAUUAUAAAUGUUUUAAAACAGAAAAUGUCUUCAAAUUUUAAUUCAUCAUCAUUUUCUAAUGGAACUACUGGACGUUCUACCACAAAAUCUGUUGCCUCUUCAAAUAUAAAUCCAUUUAAUCAAAAUCAUACGUCUCCAUCAACAAAUGAUUUUGUACAUCAUACUGAGUCAAAUGCAAUGUCUCCUGGUAGUGCUGGUGCUUCUAUUAUGGAAACAAUAAAACGUCGUAUGCAGCAGACAAAAGAUGAGCUUGCUUUUUCACAAGAUCAAUUACAAGAAUAUAGAGUAGAAAGAGAAAAUGAAAAACGUUUAAGAGAACAAGCUGAAGCUGAUGUUGCUGCCCUCGGCCGUCGUCUACAAUUAGUUGAAGAAGAUUUGGAACGUGCUGAAGAAAGAUUAUUACAAGCAACAUCGAAACUCGACGAAGCUUCACAAGCUGCCGAUGAAAGUGAACGUGGCCGAAAAGGACUUGAACAGCGUACAUAUCAAGAUGAUGAACGUAUUGCACAAUUAGAACAACAAUUAGCAGAGGCUCAACUUAUUGCUGAAGAUUCAGAUCGAAAAUAUGAUGAGGUUGCUCGUCGUUUAGCAAUUAUGGAAGUUGACUUAGAACGAGCUGAGGAUAGAGCUGAAGCCGCUGAGGCUAAAAUUGCAAAGUUUGAAGAAGAUUUGAAACAUUUAUAUUAUGAAUUACGUUCAAAAGAAAUUUAUUAUACAAAGGCUAUGCAACGUGAAGAAAGUUAUGAAGAACAAAUUCGUGAUCAAACAACUCGUCUUAAAGAUGCGGAACAAAGAGCUGAUUUAGCUGAACGUACAAUGGCUAAACUUCAAAAAGAGGUCGACCGUCUUGAAGACGAACUUUUGGCCGAAAAAGAAAAAUACAAAGGUGUCAGCGAAGAACUCGAUCAAACACUCAACGAAUUAUCUGGUUAUUAG